UGUGAAUAACGGUGCAGACAUUUGAUUCCUAAUUUGGUUUGCUGGGCGGGGAGCUGCUCUUCUGAGCUGCUUAGUCAAGUCUGAGAGCUGAGGAGUUGCAAUCAUACGAUUCUCUACCGCUGGAUGUCCCGGAGAACAGAGCCUGUCCGCAGCCAAGUAUCAGAAAGUUUUCUCUGCCUUCUCUCAGCGGCCGAUGGUAAAAAAAUCUAAGGAAGUGACACCCGAAAGGAAAAGACUCGUAUCUCACAGGAACCUUUUCAUCUUCUCUCAUCACCUACAUCUUGCAAAAUGGCUAUAGUCCUCCAAUCCAGCCCACUCCUAUGGACACGGUUGGCAGCCAUGGUCUUCGCCUGCGUGGCCUUCUCCGUGGCCGUGCAUGGCGGCAGACUCUACCAUGGAACAGGAGACUGGUGCAUCUUCUGCUGGGCCUUCAGUUUCGCCGGGACUGUUCUCGUCAUCCUGGUGGAGUUAUUCGGCCUUCAGACCAGAGCCCCUGUUUCCUGGAAGAACUUCCCCAUCACCUUCGCCUGCUACGCCACCUUGCUCUGCCUGUCCGCCUCCAUCAUCUUGCCCCUCUACUUCCUCAAGGGUUCCUCAGGCCAAAGCGAAAUUCGUGACUACCGCAUUGUGUCAACCGUCUUCUCUUGCCUGGCCACCAUCGCCUACAUGAGCGAGGUGAGCAUCAGCAAGGCGCGUCCAGGCGAGGUGGCCGGCUACAUGGCCACAGCCCCAGGCCUGCUGAAAGUCUGCGAGACCUUUGUGGCCUGCGUCAUCUUUGUCUUCAUCAGCGACCCCGUGUCGUACGCCCGUCAUGAUACACUCAAGUACUGCCUGUCUGUCUACUGCAUCUGCUUCAUCCUGUCGGCGGCCAUCAUCCUGCUCUGUAUCGGCGAGUGCACCGGCUGCCUCCCCUUCCCGUUUGCCCGCUUCCUGUCUGCCUACGCCCUGCUGGCCGUGGUCCUCUAUCUGUCAGCACUCAUCAUCUGGCCCAUCUUCAACUUUGACCCCAAGCAUGGCGGUACGAAACAAAGGCCAAGCGGUUGCACCAGCAUGCCGGGGCUGUGUACGUGGGAUAAGGUCAUGGCGGUGGCCGUGCUCACUGCUGUCAACUUCAUACUCUACCUGGCCGACCUGAUCUACUCCACCCGCCUGGUGUUUGUCAGCGCUUGAGGGAGGAGAAAGGGUGUUAGUCCAGCAGUAUGCUCCGAAUAAAAUUGAAUUUGGCAUGUUCUCAAAGGCUGUCGAACUGCUGUCAAACACAGUUCUGCAAGCAAAUGUGACUCUGGUCUGUUUGUUUAUCGGCAUCCACACCAGCUGCAGGAGCUUGCGGGUCAUGAUGGGAGCAGACUGUAGGGUUAUACCACAACUGGUAUAAUUAAUUGUAGUAUUUUAAUCUAGUGUGGCUCAAUUUUCUGAAAAUUAAAGCAUUUUAUUUCACCGUGGUUCUGGUAGAAGAAAAGUGGCCCGAAGCACUUAAGUAAUGGUUGGCCCAGGAUGUACCGGAGAUAAUGUAUUGGGAGCAGUGAACAAGAAAGUUCAGCUGGCCAACCUGAGUAAUCAAACCAAAAUCUUGUGUUUUUUGGGCCCCAAACUCACAGUUUUGCCUCUGCAAACCUGCCAAAUUUGAUUUUGUGUAAAGUAUACUGCCAGCUUGAGGACUGUAGAGAGGGAGAGAAGAGGGCGAGGUUGAGGUCAAUGGCUAUGUUUACACGUACAACAAUAUUCCCUUAAAUUACAGAGGCUUUCUGUUCAUGUGUUGGAGCAAGUCAAUGUCAAACCUUGCUUCCAGUGACCUGAAAAAACUCAUAUCUUGAUUAUAAGAGACCUGAAUGUGAUUGCUGGAACAUGCUGAUAUUACAAGAGACAUUUAAACCUUUUUUUUUUUAUCCGUUUUUUAAUGGCAGAUCAUUGCCUCCCGUAAUACUCAAAAAACAAGAUUAUUUCAUGUGUAGGCUACAGAGAUGAUUGUGAUCUGGAUAUGAAUAAGCUAUUAAAAGAAUCUCCUGGACAAGACUCUGACAAGGAUACAAGCCAACACCCAAAAUACUAUGUACAUGUAAACAUAGUCUGUAAUGACAAGGAAAUGGCGGCUUAUUAUUGUGUUUUUGUUACACUUUUUUUUUUUUGGUAUAAUGUAUAUGUCCAUGCUCUGCCUUAAGUUUCUUUUUAAUUUGAUGUCAGGUGUAAAAAAGACCAAGUAGUAUUUUUGUUUUUAACUGCAAAAAUGUAGAAAAUAAUGAAUAUUAGCUGUAAGGAGCCAAGAUUAAGUUAACUUAACUGUUAGAGAAAAUAUAAGAAAAUACAAUUAGAAAUCCAAGACUUUAAAGAAAUAUCUAUUUAGUUUUUUGAUGAUUUCAUUAAAGGAAUGAACUGUUUUCCCACCAUUGCGCAGAACAGCUGAUCAGAUUGUACCAUUCAUCAUUUGUCUUUCUUUUUUACACGGCUCCAAUGUUUUAAGACUUGAAGUACAACAUAACUUACAUGUUACACGUUAAAAUGAAUGCUAGGCUAGCUUUUUGCUCCUGUUAUGAUAUAUGUGUAUCUGUAUCUGCAAGCUGCAAUCAAUGGCAAGAAUAUAUAAAUGGAAAGAACAUAUGCAAUAUUAUUACAAAACAAGAAUAGUAUGGUAAAAGUGCACUUAAUAUUAGUAUUUUUUAUGUGUUCAGAUUUCAGGUGUCUCCAAAUAUCAAAGCAUCUAUUAACACCAAACACACACCACUAAAUUCAUACACAUUGCCGACUGGGUUUAUUGGUUUUGUACUGCUGUAAUAAAUACUUAAAGAAAGAGACAAAAAAAAGAUGUAUCUCUCUCUCUCUA